AUGAUGCAUUUAUAAUGUACCACAAUAUAUUGACCUAUAUAUUUCAUUUUUUAGAUCGGCAUAUUUAGAAAGGUCUUCGGCGUUUGUUUACAUUUCUUUUCCACGAUGUUUGGGAGGCGCGCGAGACGAACGAAAAAAUGACUAUUUCGUAUUAUGUCUUGCUUUGUAUGACAAUAUUUUGUCAGGCACAAGCAGAAUAUUUGCCAAUAAACUGGACAGAGGCAGGUAUCAUAGGCUUUGGAAGUGAAAGCCAUUAUGAAGACCCUGCCGUGACACCUCUUGCUCCUUGCCCAUGUGAUUAUACUAGCAAUCAUUGUGAUACUACAUGUUGUUGUGAUAAGGAUUGUUCACCAUUCCACUUAGCAGCCUUUUCCUGCCUUGAAGGACUACAGGGAGGCCAAAGAACUGACAAAAACAUAGACAAUAAUUGCAAAUAUCAAGGGCCAUAUUCACCAGAGUGGCAUGAUUUACUGUGUUAUAUUACUGAGAAUAAUCCAUAUCUUGGUCUCUUUUUCCAAAAUCUACCUUCAAUCCAGAACUAUCAAAAAUAUUUAGAUAAAGUGUCAGUUCCACAGUAUAGUUAUGAAGAUACAGACAUACACUUGCAGCAAGAAGAUUCUCAGCUGUAUUAUGUAUUUGGUACAGGUAUUGAGGUAGCUAUACAUCUGGAAGAUACAAUAAGUAUUGGAUUUUUAACACUUCCACACCCAGUGCUAAAUGGAGUGUGCAUUGAUCAUGUUCCUGUCCAUUUCCUACAGGAUGUCAGUCAUGAUUGCUCCUUAUUGCUAACACCUGAACUUUGUGAAACAGAGCAGUAUUUCAGCUCUCAGUACUACCUUCGUAACUCUGAUUCUGUAAAUUCAGAUCCAUUCACAAUUAUCGGGAACCUAACUGGCCAGCAGGUUGUUAGUGCUGAGGUAUCUUAUGAAUGUGUUCAGGAUGUCAGUAAAUUUAUCAAGGUUGAGGGACUGAGAACUUUUCCAGAGCAAUUAUGGAAAUCAGAUAAGAUUCCUUUUAAUGAAUGUGAUCAUCAAAAAGUUCCAUAUUAUAAUAAGACAUCUCAGAUGUGUGAAAAUGUUGUAUUACAUGUUGAAUAUCACAUGAAAUGGAAAGGUGCAUCAAUACAGGAAGUACAAGCAAAUAUUGUUAUUGGUAAUGUGCCUGUAUCACUUGAAAAAGUCAGUAAGAUAUAUGGACGAGAAAGUAUGAAAGUAGAGCCAAAGAAAGUUAAUAGUUUUGUAGCUGUGGAACAGACUCCCCCUAGAAGAAAAUCAUUCAUCAUGUCUGCAAAUUCAAGCUUAUACUUGAUACAGCACUUUGAAGUUAAAUUUUAUCAUGUAGGAUAUUAUAAUAGCAGCAAUGACACGCUGAUGAAUAUAACAAGUAACUCGGGGAAUGAUACUUCAGAAGAUGGACAAAGCUUGUUUUCAUCACCAAGCAUUACUGAACGAUCUGGUAACCCAGGGUACCAGCAUGGAAAGCCUCUCUUAGCAGGAUAUAUUGUGUACAAUAACUCUGAUGAAGCAAAUACAUCCUCCAAUUCACUGUUGUUUGUAGACAUAAAUGAUGAAACUGGUUUAUACAUCUUCAGUCCAGGUGGAGAAUGUUUUGAGGAAAAGAGAGAACGCAUUGGCUUUGGUGUAGAUACGAUGUCUGCUUGCUAUUUUUCUUGGAAUGCCACUGUAUCUUGCAGUGAGCUGAGUGAGAGAAUAACAACUGCCCUUUAUUCACUGGUUAAGGGUGAUGUUGUCAGCAAGUUUGGAUGGCCAAAUAUAACACGUGAAAAUGAGUUUUUACCAGUUGUGUGGGACAACCAAGAACCUGAAUUAAAGCCAGUAACUAAUGCUUGUCCCAUCAUAUCGUCCAUGGAAUACGAAAUUGUUUACCAAGAUGUUGUUGAUACUGAUAAAAGCCCUAUAUCUGUGCACCAGCUCUUAGGAUGUUACAUUAGAUUCCACCAUCAUGAAGUGAGGUAUCAUCCGAAUAUGCCUAGUAGUUCAGUGUAUCUAAGUACAAGUGUAAAGUUCUUCAAAAGUAAAAAACCUUCAGGACUGUCCAGGUUCUGGGAAGUCAUGGAUGACCGAUGGUGCAGCGGUGGAAUAUGUUGGCAUGAGAUACUUCAGCCCUGGAGCCAUAGAGAAUAUGGAGAAGGAGGGGUGGUUGUUGGACAGAUGUAUACAGCUUCUUUUACAGACUUGAUCACUAAUACUAUAUUGAUGGUAGUAAUUUUCAUACCCAUAGUUAUUCUUAUUAUUCAGCAUAACUACAAAGUAAGAUUAUAGUGUACAUGGGCAAGAAAAUUUACCAGUUUUGUUUGUUUUUCAUGUAAUUUGAGUAAUACAUAUGAUCCUAGUUAAACGGAUAUAAUUAUAGCACAAAUGAGGGUGGCUCAGUAAGGUUGAUAUGUCCUUCCAUAUUUUGAAGGCUUGUAUAUGCACCUACAACUAAAAUUGCAGUGUUAGGAAGAACAUCCUACCCAGCAACAAUGAAAAGCCCUAAAGACCCAAAAGGGCAUCACCAGGUAUAAGCAAGAUAAUGGAAGCUGUUUAUGAUUUAAUUCUGAGUUUAUUAAAUUAUAUAUUUAUUUA